AUGGUGUCUCUAGGUCGUGCCCGCGAAGUGCUGCUCUUCGGACUGUCGGCGAACCCGCCAACAGGACGCAAGGGCCACAUGGGCGUCGUGCAGCACUGUCGGGCGUUCUACGACGAGAUUUGGCUCGUACCCGUGUUUCAACACGCGUAUGCCACCAAGCGGGAGCUCGCACCGUUUGCGCAUCGCGUGGCAAUGUGUCGACUGGCGUUAGAGACGCUCAAGCGCGAACAAAGCGACGGAGCCGAGCUCAAAGUGGUGGAAGACGAGCGCGAGCUGUUCCAGCACGUGGCUGCGUCUCAGAAAGACGUCGGGCGUGUCGAUGAGCGUCGUCUUGGCAGUCUUGACCUCGUGCACUACCUCCGCAGCAAACACCAGGACACCAACUUUACAAUGCUGCUAGGCGGCGACACGUAUGCGGAUUUACUGGCAGGCAAGUGGAACAGAGGGGACGAGCUCAUGCAGGUGGUCAAGUUUGUGGUCGUGGAUCGCAAAGGGGUCGAGUCGACGUGGCGGGCACAAGAGCAGCAGAGACAAGCGGACACUGUGCGAUACAUUCAUAUACCAGCGCUCAGCGACGUGUCGUCAACGAGUGUCCGGGCUACAGCAGAUCACGACGAGCUGGCCGCACACUUGGAUCCAGCUGUCCUGGAGUACAUCGUGCAGCACCAGCUCUAUGCAUUUGCUACGACGCCGAAAUGA